ACGAAAGUGUGUGUCGUCGCGGAUCGGAAUUAAAAUUGCCGCCUAGUAUGAUAUUAUUAAAAGACAAGGUCCAAGGUACUCUUGGCAAAGCAAAGGGGAUACAUUUUCUUGUGUGGGAUGUUGGUGGGCAGGAAAAGCUUCGACCUCUUUGGCGAAGUUACACGCGAUGUACCGAUGGCAUUCUGUUUGUGGUUGAUUCGGUUGAUGUGGAGCGAAUGGAGGAAGCCAAAAUGGAACUUAUACGUACAGCAAAAUGUCCCGAUAAUCAGGGUGUUCCUGUCCUAAUACUAGCUAACAAACAAGAUUUACCCAGUGCUCGUAAUCCGAAGGAAUUAGAAAAGCUCUUAGGACUGCAUGAACUAUUGUAUCCUGCUGUACAUCUACUAAAUGCAAGUUCUAGCUCAUCUUCAACUGGUAAUAUUGUGGGCUGCAGCAACAGUAUAAACAGUAAGAAUACAUUUCACAGAAGUUUGACACCGAUAUCCCAGCAUAGUAACUCGUUUGGAUUUGGUGGUGAAAGUGGUAUUACGAGAAAUUUAAAUAUUAAAUUUUCUGCGUCACCAUCUACUGCGGCUACAUCGCUAAAUUUAAUAGGACCUGAUCCCGAAUAUGAGCCAAAGGAUGAAGUUAGUAAUACAAGCAACAUAAAUACAUGCUCUGUGCAAGCUACAACUCUUGAUAAAAAUUUAAUAUAUGAAUCAUCACCGUCAGAGGUUACAGCACCCACUGCUACAGCUACUAAUACGCUGUUUUUGCAAAAGAAGCCAAAUAAAGCCACUAGCUAUUCUGCGGCAUCUCAUCAAUUUAAAGGCUGGUAUAUUCAACCGGCCUGUGCCAUUACUGGGGAAGGUCUGCAAGAAGGUCUAGAGGCAUUGUAUGAAAUGAUUUUAAAACGACGAAAACUUAAUAAAACCUUUAAGAAAAAGCGGUAAUAUUUCUGUGCUUGCUUGUUUAAAAUAUUUCAUAUAUUGUAUCUAGCGGUAUAGGAAUCACACAUAUAAUAUAUUUGUGUAAUGUAAAGAAAUGUUAUUAAAUUUUUCUGUUUUUAUUCUAUAUUCAUGAAUUUAGACCUAGUCCGGAAUUUUAUUUGACGAUAUAAAUCGCAGUGAUAUAAAUGUAUAUAUAAACGUAAGAAAUAUUUUGUUAUCUAUUACUCUUAAAAACCGAUAUUCACAAGAUAAAAAGCGUAUGAGCUAUGCUUGACUUCAAAGUAAAUAAUUAAAUAAAAAACAAUGAUCGUAUUA